ACUAACCAGUGCGCACAUGGCUGGCAUACAUGGGGUAUAGGUGCUGAAACAUUGGGGUACAUAGUGGUCAGGGCGUGGUCUGCAUGUCCUGGGUGUGGUGCGGGGUGAGGGCAGUGACCGCUAAUUGUGGACCUUCAGCCCGAGGUCCCUGCCCUUCACUAUGCCCCAUCUGCUGCCCCCAACACGGGGACCCUUCUCGUCAUCGUGCGAUAAGACAUGUAGCGGAUGAUAAAACGUAGCGGAUCUGCAGGCGACAAUAGGCUGAGAGAUUUGGAGCGCACCUCCACCCUCCCCCAUCCUGUAUUGUGCUCUCUGCCUGAACACAAGACGCUCCCAGCAGCACAGAGGAGGCGAGGAGAGCCUGGCAGCAGCACCGGGGAGGAGAGCCUGGCAGCAGCAGCGAGGAGUACGGGGGGCACCCCCUCGGCAGCGCACGGCUCGGACAUCCCUAGAAACUUUCCACCCGAGCAGCGGACCAUGCAGGGGGAGAGCGCCCCGAGCCGAGCAGCGGAGCGGGGGCUGCACUGAGCGCUGCCGCAUCCUGAGCCCGGGUCAUUAGCGGACAUGGAGGCUGAGGAGCCUGCGAGCGGAGGGGACAGCGGCAGGGACAGCGGCAGGGACAGCGGCAACAGCAGGGACUCCGAGCGCCAGCAGCGGCUGAGGUUGUGUGUCCUCAACGAGAUCCUGAACACCGAGCGGGACUAUGUGGGGACCCUGCGCUUCCUGCAGUCAGCAUUUCUGCAGCGCAUCCGACAAAACAUCAUUGAGAAAACUGAGAGCUGCAUCAUAUCUGAGGAAAAUGUUAAGAUUUUAUUCUCCAACUUGGAGGACAUUCUGCAGGUUCACCGUGACUUUCUGGCAGCGCUGGAGAAUCGCCUUCAGCCGGAGCCUCAGCCGCAGAAUGAGCUGGGAGCAGUUUUCCUGCACUUUAAGGAUCGUUUCUGUGUGUAUGAGGAAUAUUGCAGCAACCACGAGAAAGCCCUGAGACUUCUGAUGGAGCUAAACAAAGUCCCAACUGUGCGAGCCUUCCUGUUGAGCUGCAUGUUACUUGGUGGCCGCAAGACAACAGACAUCCCCCUUGAGGGCUACCUGCUGACUCCCAUCCAGAGGAUCUGCAAGUACCCACUGCUCCUCAAGGAGCUGGCGAAGAGGACGCCUGCAAAACACCCGGACCACCAGCCAGUGCACAGUGCCCUGCAGGCCAUGAAAACGGUGUGCACCAACAUCAAUGAGACCAAGAGACAGAUGGAGAAGCUCGAGGCCCUGGAGCAGCUGCAGUCCCACAUAGAGGGAUGGGAGGGCUCAAACCUGACAGAUAUCUGUACCCAGCUGCUCCUGCAGGGGACGCUGCUCAAGAUCUCAGCCGGGAAUAUCCAGGAGCGCAUGUUCUUCCUGUUUGACAACCUGCUGGUUUAUUGCAAGAGAAAAUCCAGGGUUGCCGGAAAGAAAUCCACAAAGAGAACAAAAUCCAUUAAUGGGUCAUUGUACAUUUUCCGAGGGAGGAUCAAUACAGAGGUCAUGGAGGUGGAGAAUGUAGAGGACGGGACAGCUGAUUAUCACAGUAACGGUUACACUGUCACCAACGGUUGGAAGAUCCAUAACACCGCCAAGAAUAAAUGGUUUGUCUGCAUGGCGAAGACUCCUGAGGACAAGCAGAAAUGGAUGGAUGCAGUCCUGAAAGAACGAGAGCAGCGGGAAAGUCUGAAGCUUGGGAUGGAGAGAGACGCUUAUGUCAUGAUCGCAGAGAAAGGGGAGAAGCUUUACCACAUGGUCAGCAAGAGGUCGAGCCUCAUCAAAGACCGCCGAAGGAAGUUCAGCACCAUCCCAAAAUGCUUCCAUGGAAAUGAAUUUGUCUCUUGGCUGAUGGAGAACGGAGAGAUCGGUAAACCUGAAGAAGGUGUCAACCUGGGCCAGGCCUUAUUGGAGAACGGGAUCAUCCAUCACGUGUCAGACAAGCACCAGUUCAAGAAUGAGCAGGUUCUCUAUCGCUUCCGCUAUGACGAUGGGACGUACAAGGCAAGGAGUGAACUAGAGGACAUCAUGUCCAAGGGUGUCAGACUAUACUGUCGUCUUCACAGCCUUAUAAUUCCAGUAAUAAAGGACCGAGAUUACCACCUGAAGACCUACAAAUCCGUCAUCCCGGCCAGUAAGCUGGUGGACUGGCUGAUAACACAGGGAGAUUGUCAGACAAGAGAAGAAGCUGUUGCUCUUGGCGUUGGACUCUGCAACAAUGGAUUUAUGCAUCACGUGUUGGAGAAGAGCGAAUUCAAGGAUGAAUCCCAGUUCUUCCGGUUCCACGCUGAUGAGGAGAUCGAAGGGACCAACUCCAAGAGCAAGAAGAAUGACUUUAAAAUCGUGGAGAACAUCAUGGCCAAGACUCUGCUGAUUUUACCCCAGGAAGAAGAUUAUGGCUUUGACCUGGAAGAAAAGAACAAAGCAAUCGUGGUGAAAUCUGUCCGGAAGGGGUCCCAUGCUGAGAUGGCUGGACUGCAGAUGGGCCGAAAGAUCUACACUAUCAACGAGGACCUGGUGUUCCUGAGACCUUUCUCUGAAGUGGAGAUUCUCCUGAAUCAGUCUUUCUGUGCUCGCAGGCCCAUCCGCAUCCUUGUGGCAACCAAAUCCAAAGAGAUUGUGAAAAUACCAGAUUCUCCACAGUCCCUGUGUUUUCAGAUCAGGGGUUCAGCUCCUCCUUACGUCCACGCGGUGGGAAGAGGGUCACAGGCAGCCGCUGUUUGUCUCCAUCCUGGACAAUGUAUACUCAAAGUUAAUGGAACGAACGUUGCACAUGACAGUCACAUCGAGGUGCUGGAGCACUUUACUGCAUACCGGAAAGAACCACAAAAUCCCUUGGGACUUUUCCAAUGGAUCUACAGAACUCACGAGGAUGCGGAGGAGGAUAGAGUGCAGAGCUGCAAACGGGAUGAGUGUCUGAAUGGCAGUCUGUGUGAUGAGCUCAAUGCUGGCCUCCUACUGGACACGAGUGUCCCCAACAGACAAGCAGAUGUGGCUCCCUGUCCCCCCUCUCCAGUCAUCGAGGAUGCGUCUCUCAUCAACCUUACGGUGGAAAACGUCCAUCUGGAGCACGGGGUGAUGUAUGAGUACGUGAGCACCGCCGGGAUCAAGUGCUACGUCCUGGAGAAGAUGGUGGAACCUCGCGGCUCCUUUGGGAUCACAGCUAAGAUCCUGCAGGCAUUUAUCACUGAUGAUGUGCAAUUUGUGGAGAAUUGUACUAGACUCAUCGCCAUGAGCAAAUCAGUGAUGACCAUGCCACAGUACGAAUUCCGCCACAUCUGCGACACCAAACUGGAGAACAUCAACCGCAGGAUCCGCAGUUAUGAGGAGUUUAAAGAUGAGCUCAGGAUGAAGGUGAGUCCAUCUUUUAAACAAGCAACAAGUGACCGCCACCUGCUGCAAAGCAUGGACUUCUGCCCGACCAAUUGUCACAUCAACAUCAUGGAGGUGUCUUACCCCAAAACCACCACUUCAGUGGGGCGCUCCUUCAGCAUCCGAUUUGGACGCAAAAACUCCUUCUUUGGCCUUGAUCCGGAUCAAGUCGGCAGCUUGAAUCCUAUGACAUACUCUCAGCACUGUAUAUCCAGUAUGGCCGCCCCGGCCUGGAGGUGUAUCAGCAAGAAGGACGAUGACGGAAUGAAUGGGGGAUUCUCAGACGGUGGCUUGUCUCAAUUGAAUGGAGGGAUGAGUAGCGAGGAGCAAGGGCUGAGCCAUCUACUGAAGCAGGAAGACACAGAGAUUCAGGAUGGAUACCUGCAGCUCUUCAAUAAGCUGGAUGUGGCUGUGAAGGAGAUGAAACAAUAUGUCACCCAAAUCAACAAACUCCUGUCCACCAUUACCGAGCCCCUGGAGCCGGAGCCUCCCUGUGAGGCCGCUCCUGCUGGUGGCACCCCUCCUUCUUCCCUGGUAACAGACGAUGGAGAUGGUGACAAAGGGGAUCCCAGCGGCAGCAAGAAAGUUUGCUUCAAGGUGUCAGAGGAAGAUCAAGAGGACUCUGGGCAUGACACGGUCAGCUACAGGGACUCCUACAGCGAAUGUAACAGCAACCGAGACUCUGUCCUGUCCUAUACAAGCGUCCGCAGUAACAGCUCCUACCUGGGCAGUGAUGAGAUGGGAUCAGGGGAUGAGCUGCCAUGUGAUAUGCGGAUCCCCUCCGAUAAACAGGACAAGCUGCACGGCUGCCUGGAACAUCUGUUUAACCAGGUGGACGCUAUUAUAGCACUUCUCAAAGGAAAAAUAAUGUCUAAGGCUUUUGAGGAGACAAAGCACUUUCCUAUGGAGCACAGCCUACAAGAGUUUCAGAAAAAGGAAGAAUGGACAAUUAAGUGCCGCAGCAUGAUCCAGCUGAGCGUCCGAGAAGAUCCAUGGAAUCUGCCAAACUCCAUCAAGAUCCUGGUUGAGAGUAUCCAGAAAUACGUAGAAGAUGGAAAGAACCAGCUCCUGUUGGCUUUGCUGAAGUGCACAGAUACGGAGCUACAGGUCAGGAGAGAUGUGAUCUUCUGUCAGACUCUGGUCGCUGCCAUCUGUACGUUUACAGAGCAGCUCAUGGCGGCCCUCAACUACCGAUACAACAACAACGGCGAGUAUGAGGAAAGUAGCCGGGAUGCCAGCAGGAAAUGGCUGGAGCAGAUAGCCGUGACUGGAGUCCUCCUCAGCUACCAGUCUCUGCUGUCACCCAACGUGAAAGAAGAGCGUGUGAUGCUGGAAGACAUUAAGGCAACACUGCAGGACCUGGACAAAGUGGUGUUUUACUUCAAGCAGAUGGACGAAACGCUUGUAGCCAACACAGCUGUCUUCCACCACAUAGAAGGAUCCCGCCAGGCCCUCAAAGUCAUCUUCUACCUGGAUAGUUUUCACUUCUCAAAAUUGCCAACUAAGUUUGAGCAUGGUGGCUGCUUGAAGCUUCAGUCUGUCCUGUUCACACAAGCUCUGGACAGUGCGGAGGGUCAACCAGGCAGUAAUAUGCCUCCAGAGGACAUUCAGCAGCAGAUUAACCAGAAUUCCCUGGAGAUAGUACAGAGUUACUACCGCAAAAUCAGGGCAUUUUACCUAGAAAAGUCGACCGACUCCAAUACCACGGCCAUAAAGAUUGACCAGCUCAUUCGCCCCAUAAACGCUCUGGAUGAGCUCUGCCGGCUCAUGAAAUGUUUCAUCACUCCAAAACAAUCUCCAUCAGAAUUGUGUAAGAACAGCUUGUCAGGGGCCGCAUUGCUCCCCAUCUCCUCAGAGCUCUGCUACCGCUUGGGGGCCUGCCAGAUCAUCAUGUGUGGCACAGGGAUGCAGAGGAGUACGCUGAGUGUGUCUCUAGAACAGGCAGCCAUCCUGGCCCGGAGUCAUGGAUUGCUCCCCAAGUGCAUUAUGCAGGCCAUGGACAUUAUGAGGAAGCAGGGUCCUCGUGUGGAAAUCUCAGCAAAGAACCUAAAAGUCAGGGAUCAAGCAUUGCAGUCUGCUCCACGGAUCUACAGGUUGUGUGUUCCACCACGAGAUGGAGACUUGUAACUUUCUGGAGACUAUGACAUAUGCCACUCAGCACCGGUGACAUGAAGGGACCUGUUGGAGACAGAGGAGCUAUUGCCCAUUGUGAUUCCUUGGGGGAGGGUACAGCCCUGUAUUGGGCUUGUCCCUGGGGUUUCCUGGCACAUAAUGGACUCUUUGAACACUGGACAUGUGCCAGGGUAUAUCAGUGUUAUAAUGUGGCCAAACUGGAGGGUAAGUAAUGGAUUGUGACGUAUGAAACCAUAACUGCCACAACCAGGAGUGAAGCUCCUCUGUCUACCAAACAAGCGAAGCCACUGCCUCAAGUAUUAGGAACAGAACUGCACUUUCCGGCUAUUAAUGGCACAAAACUAUUUAUUAUGACUUGUAGAUGAUUCCCCUGCUCCAGCCCCUCCCCCAGGAGCAGUUUUACCUUUUUAGCUUUUAUUUCAGAUUUUUAUGUUGCAAUGUUUUAUAUAUUAAGAUUUUACUUCUGUAAUUAAAUAAGCUUCUCAAGGAAAUGUCCAACAAAGGAAAAAAACUGAGCAAUUCUCAUCCUGCUGGCAACUGCGCCAAACUGAAGCCUGACCAAGAAUUCUUCACUUUGCAGCUGCGGCCUACUAGUGAUCACAAUCUGAGACCAAGCUCCUCACGUCCUCCAUUGGUCUGUCCAUCACAGAAAAGGUUACUCUGAGUUACUUUUAUGGCGGAGGUUAUAAAUCCUGUGACCUGCCACUGCAGUCAUUCUGUUCCCUUUUGUCGAUAAGGGGGCUAUGAUAACUGAUGAGUGGAUGUUGUAUACUUUUAUACAACAUGGAAACUUUGGGGCAACUUAAACUCUGCAUAGGACAUAUUUGUGGCCUUCAGCAUAACAUCAUGUUGUGACUUGUGGGGAAUCGUUUAAGAUCUGACAUCAUUGUAGCACAUGGUCAGGUGUCCACAUGGACUGUACCACCCUCUGAACCACAGUAGAGCUUUGUCCUUUAUGCAAGAAAACAGGAUGUUUUAGAGAUGGCAGCAUGGACCCCACAGUUGAGCAGGUCUUAGGGCAAGAGAUGAAAAAGCGGUCUUCUACUGAAUGUUUUUCAGAUAAUUUAUGCAUUCCAGAGCAAGUGUUGCUUACACUAGGAGUGGCCUUAUACAGGAAGGGGGUGCACCAGGUCAGGGCGGAGCCCCUUAAGAUGUAGCACAUGUAAUGAUGGGUUUUCCUCUCAGGGAGGAGACGUAGGCCAUAAUGGCAUGCUGUUGGCCUCUGCCAGGUGUAUAAGGGCCUAUGGAGACAAAUGAUGGAUAUAGUGAGAGCUUUCCUUUUGCAUACGGAUAACAGACACUCCUAAACUCAGUCUCCUCCAAACUCUACCUGGAAUCUCUGGAGACAGCAUACAAUCCUAGUCAGUGUUCAUGUACAAGGAGUUAUAUUGUCCCUAGAAGUGACCUUAUGACAUUAAUGGUGGCGCUUUUCAGACUCUCAUCUUUGCUGCUGCGUCUUCUGUAACAAGAUACAGGCAGUGGCUGGCUUCAGUAUAUGGGGGGUUUACACUGGUACCUUCUCCCCCAUCUUUAUUACACAUUCCUCCUACUUGAAUACAUCAUAAUUUUGGGGUGUUGUGGAUAUUUGAUCCUCAUAUCUUCUCCUGAGCCUAGUAUGAUAAGCCAAUGUUUACUGCGUGAGGACUAAAGCGCAAAACCACCAUCUCCUGUUCUGUCAUUGAUCUCCUUCAGGCGCGGCUUCCCUUACACCUGAACCCUAUAGAAAUCCACCCAUGGCGCAUUCUACACAGAUCUUAUUGUGACCUCAGAACACUCGUCCGCGCUUUUAUAGAGGCACCACUUCUCUCUGUACAGACAACUUUGUCAGCUAACUGUCUGAAAUAAACCAUUUCCAUAUAAA